GGUCCCUUCCAACCCAAACCACUCUGAUUCUCUGAUCUUCAUUUAUCAGAUGAUCUUGUGAUGGAAAAUAUCAGUGGUGAAACAAGAGGCAUCCAAAUACAUUAAAGUCAUUAAAGACCUGUUGUCGCUAAUAUAAGCCUUGUAAAGCAGGCAAAUGUGAGUGAUUUAGGGCUGGGAGGCUUGAUUCUCAGGUUGAUAGCCUGAGAAUUAAAUUCUCCACUGAACUGGAAAUGAAAUACUACAUCUUCCUCCUAUAAGGUCAGCUAUGUGCAGCAUUGUCCUGGGUGAGGAUCACCCAGCAGAGCCAAGUGUGCAUGGUGUGGUGGGAAGUAUAGUGUCCUUUCUGGUUGCUGUGUAGGCUGCAUGUGUUGCAGCUGCCAAGGAGGCUACGAAUGGGAAGGAUAAGAAGGAAUGUUUUCAGAGGUGGUAGCUGAAAACACUUGUAGCUUAAGUUGAAAGUCACGGAGGACACUUGUGUUCUUUAGUGAUUUGAAGGAUUUAAUGGAAAUACAGUGGGUUUACCAUGAAAAUGUACUUUAAUGUACUUGAAGCACCUGAGGGCAGCUUCUGGCAGGCUGGAUGUCAGGUUUAUGCUGUGUGGGAGCAUUAAGGAUUGAGUUUGAAGAACCCCUUGAUUUGUCCUGAUUUCAUCUUGUGAAUCACAGGUUUGGUUUUGUGCCUGCUGGUUCUGAUGUGACCCACAGCAGCAGAGUUUGUAAUGCAGCAGCUCAUGUGCAAGGACUGAAGUUACUUCCCCAGGAACAUUUUUACCUUACUGUAUACUUGAUCUUGGAUUUGACUCUCUUUGGAGGAAGUGACAGGUCAAAUGAGCUGCUCCAAAAUUAAAAGCUGGAAGAGGACAGGAAUGAAAUAACAGCUGCUCUCUGAAUCUUGCUUGAGAAGCGUUUCAUGUACUGUGCUGUUACAUGUUAGGAGGCUAUACAGUUGGGCUUUAAACAGUUCUUGGUAGGCAAGAGUUAACUGGCUUAAGUUCGACUAGACUGACCUUGGCAGCUGCAGUCUUCACAAGUACUUGGGGCAGAAGGAGGUGAGGCCUCAGUUUGUAGCUGUCAGGAAGCACCUGGCCACAGCAGAAACCUGUAAUGUUAAGUGUAUUAAUACCAGUAGGAGUUGGGUUAACUGUAGAACAUGCGUAUCUACAUACUUCAAAACACAAGCUUCUUAAGCACAACAUCUUGUCAACUGUGACAAGACUCCUUAAAAAUUUCUUUGGAGAAGAAAAAUCUUAAGAUGGCAGGCAAAGGAAGUAAGACAGACUGCAUGUCAUGCAGUGUACUGAACUGGGAGCAGGUCAGCCGUCUUCAUGAGGUUCUUACAGAGGUGGUUCCGAUCCAUGGCCGAGGUAACUUCCCAACACUGAAGAUCACUCUGAAGGACAUUGUUCAGACAGUUCGGAGUAGGCUGAGUGAAGCAGGCAUUGUGGUACAUGAUGUCCGUCUGAAUGGCUCUGCAGCUGGUCAUGUCCUAGUCAAGGAUAAUGGGCUGGGAUGCAAAGACCUGGAUCUCAUUUUUCAAGUUUCUCUUCCAAGUGAGGCAGAGUUUCAGUUAGUUCGAGAUGUGGUGUUGCGAUCCCUCUUGAAUUUCUUGCCAGAAGGAGUAAGCAAGCUGAAAAUCAGUUCAGUAACACUGAAGGAAGCCUACAUCCAGAAGCUAGUCAAAGUGUACACAGAAUCUGACCGUUGGAGCUUGAUAUCACUUUCUAACAAACAUGGUAGGAAUGUGGAACUGAAGUUUGUAGACUGUAUACGACGACAGUUUGAAUUCAGUGUGGACUCCUUCCAAAUCAUAUUAGACUCCCUGCUCUUUUACUAUGACUACUCUGAAACCCCCAUGUCAGAGCACUUCCAUCCAACUGUAAUUGGGGAGAGUAUGUAUGGAGACUUUGAAGCAGCUUUUGAUCACCUCCAGAACAAGCUGAUAGCUACCAAAAAUCCUGAAGAGAUCCGUGGUGGUGGGCUUCUUAAGUAUAGUAACCUUUUAGUGCGAGACUUCAGGCCCAUGGAUAAGGAUGAGAUCAAAACAUUAGAGCGCUACAUGUGCUCCCGAUUCUUCAUAGACUUCCCAGACAUCCUGGAUCAGCAGCGUAAACUAGAGACCUACCUCCAGAACCACUUCUCCAAAGAAGAGAGGAGCAAAUAUGACUACCUCAUGAUUCUGCGCAGGGUGGUGAAUGAGAGCACAGUCUGUCUCAUGGGACAUGAACGAAGGCAGACUCUCAACUUGAUUUCUCUGCUAGCACUCAAAGUGCUGGCAGAACAAAACAUCAUCCCUAAUGCCACUAAUGUUACCUGUUACUACCAGCCAGCACCUUAUGUUAGUGAUGUAAACUUCAGCAACUACUACCUUGCAAGUGCUCCUGUGCCAUACAGCCAGUCGUAUCCCACUUGGCUGCCUUGCAAUUGAUUGCUUGAGUGUUCUUGAAUGGAGGCUACUGAAGGCCAAGAUGCUGAGUGUAUAUAGACAAGUAAUUGUUAGAGGUUUUUCUAAUGGAAACAUGACUGCAUUGGACUGUCCAUUUCCUGGUGUGUGAUAGAAAUAUGCAACCAGGUGACCUGCUAUCACUAUAUAUCUGCAAUUUCUGAGAAGCCUUAUUACCUCUUCAUUAGGAGAAGAGAAUCGACAGCCAAGUAUUAAGAGGAUUAGUUAAAAACUCUGUACUAGUUCUGGAAGUGGCUGUUAACAUAUGAUCUAAGUGGAGUAUUCAGUAAACUGGGCUAGUUAAUCGUAAGAUGUCUUGAGCAGAGAAGAAGCCACUUCUGGAGUAGCAGCAAAACUGUUUUCUAUUGCCUAACCUCAUUAUUCUAUACUUCCUCAGUUGAAGUUCUGGCCAACUUUCUGUUGAACUAAUUGUGCAAGAGUGGCUCGUGUCGUGCUUGGGCUGCUUCUACUUCCUGGCUGUGUAGAACUGGUAACUGUUUGUUUUGUAAAGGACCUAAAUGUUGUUUCUCAUAGUACCUAGGCAUACAUGGUCCUGUGUCAAGUUCAAGAUUAGUUUAUUGGAAGUUGAAGAUGGAUUAGUAAGUCUGUCUUCAAAGCAUAAACUGGCUGAGUUUUUCUUGAGUACAUAAAUUUGGAAGGUGGCAUUUCUAAACAUGCACCAAAAUACAGCCUAAAACUUGGUAAUGUGGGAAGUCCUUGAAAUGAGGAAUUGAAGCCUUAAAUAGAAUUGGAACCACAGCUUGAUUGGUUGAAUCCAGGCUCAAGAUAAAGCCUUUCUGAAUGCAUCCUUCAAAACCAUGUUUGUCACAGCUGGAAAGUAGCACAGCUCUUGCAUUUAAGUUUGCCCCAACUUUCUUCUUCACAGGUCCACAGCAAGCAAAAAAAGAAAAGCCACCACUAAGUUGCAGGAUGAUGUGUACUCCUGCCACAGCACAAAUUCCUAAAGUGCCUCUAAAAUAAAGUUCUUAUUGUACAACUUCAGGCAGGUCCUGAAGGCUUGUCUUUCUGCCGGCAUUUAGGGGUUGAGCUUUGUGGUUUAUCACUGUCAACUGGUUACGGUAUGUGAUGGUAUUUUGAGUGGUUAACGUAAAAUUCUUCUUCUUUAUUGGUCUUAACCUUCACUUGAAGAGGUAUAUAAAUCCUCAAAAGAGCUCUUCACAGAAGCUGUAUGUGUUGAAAGCCUAUUCCAGUUUUCAGAAUAUCCUCUAGAAGAGUAUGUACUCCCUUGGAGGGGUAGGGGGCUGACCUUCCUAAAGGAUGUGUGCUGAACUUGCUGCUUUGAAACUCCCGUGCUUUAUAAGGAAGGUUAAAAAUACCCCAGUUAAUGUAUAUAGUGGUAUUAAACUGGUAUAUUAACUGGAUGAUUUUCACUGAAUUGCAAUAGUAAAAUACAUGUAGCAAAUGAUCUUGAGUUUUCUUUGCUUACCAGAGAAGUAGACUAAAAAGGCAAAUAUAAGAGCUGUUUAAUACGUAUUGGUGCAAUGUUCAAGAAUACCUGUUUGCUAAACCUUUUUUAUGACUUCUAGCUGUUUCUGCAAGCUUGUGAGACCAAAGUGGCUGAUCAAACAGAUGAUUUAAGAUGAGAGAAGGUAAACCAGACAGGAGGUGAAACACCAAGGUACGGUGGUUGUUCAGGGUGGAAAACAGUAGCAGUGCAGCACUUAAAUGGCAGUAAAAAACCCUGCCUGUUCCUUAUAGGACCAAAAACUUCUAGUUACAUUGCAAGUUCUUUCACUUUUCAGAACUACUUCAUAAAGAUUGCCUGCUUAGAGCAGUGAGGUUGCUCUUCUGUUCAGACUUCUUAAUUUAGUUUAGGAAGUUGGGGAGGGAUGUAGCAGAGUAUGCUUUAGCUUAAUCUUUUUUUUCCAACAGUCUUGUAAGCAACUUCAGUAGCAAAUAGACGAAUAAUUUGGUGUCCUCUGUGUAGUGUUGGGUUUGUUUGGGGUGGGUUUUUUUGUUUUGUUUUGGUUUUGUGUUUUUUUUUUUCUGUUAGAGGCUUCCUGAGUAGCCAGCUAAAGGAGCUAAACUCAAAUGUGAACCCAGCCUUUUUUAUUAACUGUGGAUUGGACUUGGUGUAGCUUACAGACAACACACCUCUCACCCAAGGCUUAGACUAUUUGGAAGGCUUUUUUAAAGCUAGCAUGAUGCCAGUGUUGUCACAUGCGUUAAACUUAGUGCAGGCUUACUGCUGGAAUGCAAACCUAGGCAUGAGUAACUUUGGCAUGCAAGGCAAUACUUGGCCUAGUAUAAAGUGUUGCUAGAAAGAAGGAACUUUUUUUUCUUAGGACUCUGUAAUUGCUAUCAUCCUUUAAAUAAGGUGUUUUUAAAGCCAGCCUGAGCUAUAUCCAUGGAAGAAGUAAACCAUUGCCUAGAGGCAAUGUUUGAUUCGCAUAUCAAAUAGCCUAGAUUAUGUAUCUGUCUUGUUGUGGCUGGUUUUUAGAAACUGUUCCUGUACAUCAGCUCAUGUGGAAGAAGGGGUCAGAGACUCAGGAGUCCUCACAAGCUUCAAACAGACUUGUUUUGCUAGUCUUCAAAUGCCUUGGCGGCUGAAUGUCUGGCCAGGUGUAUCCACUGGAAGAGGAAGUGCUAGAAAAAGGGCUCUAAUGAAUCCCUACUGAGAUAGAGCUAUGGAGAAUUUAAGCUUUCUGCUAUAAAAUUCUACUUUUGCUAAGGUAACUUCUUGUUGAGGUCUCUAAGGAAGCUUUAUGUUGAGUGGCUGCUUACUGAACAGCUGACUUGGUUUAAGCUUUGCAGUACUGCUGUGCUCCCUGUUUCUGGCAUAUUAGAAACAUAAAUGCUUUGUAGCCUGGAUGCUAGAUGUUAAGUGCUUGAAUAGUUAAAACUGUAUCUGGAAGCUACACAGCACUGCAUUGGCCCUGCUGUAUAAGGGAUUGCUGGGAUAUGGUCUCAUAGCCUUCAAAAUAAUCCUGGUUUGGCAUGUAAAGCUGGAGUACUCAGUAGCUUUUCAUCAUUGUGUUGCAACCAGGCUACCCCUUUCUGUUUCAAGUUGUCCUAGCAGCUUUGUGUUGCAUGUGGCAGUGGCUUAAUUUGGUGUGUGCUAGCGGGUUUGUGUUCAGGUCUAUGGUGGUCCCUGUAGCAAGGAGUAACAUGAGAAUGAGCACUAGGUAAGUUAAAAGUGAUGACCCUAGGCCAAGUCUAGGCUGCCUGCUUAAUUCAGUCUCCCUUUAGUACUUGAUGAUGCCUUUGCAAACCUGCUCUUUAGUCUGUAGACUGCUACGCUUAUUGCAUUCCCUCUGGCAGUGAUAUCAAAACAAAGCUGUAGUAACACUAGAAUGCAAGUCUAGUAUCAGUGCAUCAUUCCUCAGGACUAGGCUUCUGAUAAACUAGACAGUGUAGUUUAAAAUAGCUAUUUUCUUCCUGUAGUUUAUAAGCUCUGCUGGGCUAAGCCAGUCUGAGGUUAAGCAUCUGUGGUCACUAUUUAUUGCCAAGCUCCUGCUUAACUUACAGUUUACUGGUAUGACUUCUUCAUUGUAAGAGAUUAAUCUUUUUAUUUGAUAAAGAUGCUGCCAAGGAGACCUAGUAGUAGACUGGAUGUUAGUCACUUCGGUAAAAUCCCUGUGCUGCUGAUCCAUGGUAGCUCUGAAAAGUUGUAAGGGAAAGCAUACUUCAUGCUCACUGAGCUCAAGAUUGAAUUGUUGCUGUGUUUGUCCUUAGCUAGUUCAGUCAAUCACUAAGAUGGAGGUUGAAGACUCCUGCUUGCUUUCAAGUAACUGUUUUUUUUUAAAGAUCCUCACACUUUAACAUUCAUAAUCCUGUCUACAGAACAGUAGGUAGUAUUUAAAUCUAGUCCAAACACCUGAAGCUUUUUAUUGAAACUUAAAGACCCAUAUCUUGGGAUUGAGUUCUGGGGUUAAGCAUUUGGUAUGCCUUGUGCCUAGGCUUUAUGGGCAGAUCACUAGAAUAACUACUAAUGUUGGUAGUGAUCUCUGCUUAUUGCUAUAUGAGUGCUUGGGAAAAGGCCUCACAGAAGAGAACUUGGACAAAUUGCUUCAAUUCUAAGCUGUCAGUGUACUGAUGAGACUGUUUUUACUAUUCCUCUCAACUCAUUCAGUCAGGUUGCCGUAAUUGUUGAGUGCAGGAAUAAGCAAUAAAUUGACCAUAGUCACUGGCAGCUUGGUCAAAUUUGGGUAUUGGGAGAGCCAGAUGGAUUGUUAUACUUGUAGUCUUUGCCAUCUAAGUCUUAACCAUUUGUUAAACUUGAACUAUAUUUAUGUUCUUUAAUUUCAAUGAAACUAGUUAUAAGGUGGGAUGCUGGGCUGUAGUUGUAGGAGCUUUGGGGAGAAUAGUUGGAGCACUCUGUUUUUUCUCAGAAGGUGAUUUGCUGAAGGAUCUGGAUUGGGCUUGUCUCUGAUUGAAAUUGCACUUUCUGUUAAAAUUUAGAAGGCUUUUUUUUUUUUCUAUGUUUAUCUUUGUUUUUUAACUAUUAAAAGAAGUCAGCUCUGGGAAAAUCCUUCUCAUACCUCUUUGGAAGAACUUAGUUGGGGUUUUUUGGGUUGGGUUUUUUUUUGGCUUUUUUGUUUGUUUGUUUGUUUUUAAGCUGGCAAAACAAGGUACUAGAAAUACUUGGAUUUGUGAUGAGCCCAAAUGUGAGAUUGAUCACAGUAACUUUGUCUACUGUUUUGCACUGUGGUGUUCACUUUCGAUUCUUGGAAUUUGGGGUUUGGACCUUGAUGAUUCUGAAAUUCUUGUGCAAAUAAACUUAUGCUAAACAUU